AGCAGGAGCAGAGGGAGCAGGAGGCGGGCGAGGGCAGCCCUCUCUGCACCCGCUCGCCGCCAGGAUCCGCGUUCUCGGCGUUUUCCGUGGUGCCCUCCGCGGAGAUCUCCGUCCGCCAGUUCGAGGCGGACCGCCGACGCACCUACGACCACUGCGAGUCGGUGCGCCGGAUCCUGCGGCGACCGCGCGAGGGCCCGCGCGUCGCCGACCGGGCGGCGAACUUGCGGGUGACCGACGCAGGCCUCGGGGUGUUCACCGUGGGCGAUUGCGCCCCGCGGCUGUUCGGGAUGCUGCGGUUCGCGGUGGCGCUCUGGACCAGCUUCCACGCCCCCUACGUGCUCGCGUUCACUGAGAUCGGUCAGUGCAUCAGUUGGAGCAUCGUGCCGGACUUGGCCUACGGUGCCUGCACGAUGAGCUUCCUCUUCACAGCAUACGUGGACAGCGGCAUGUACGAGAUCGCGUCGCUGCCCCUGGUGUUGCGCAAGCGGCUGGCCUCUCCAGGCUGGUACGCCGACCUGCUGUCCUGUCUGCCAGGCUGCGUGCCGGCGCUGCUGCUGCUGAAGCUCGUGCUCCGCCUGCGCCACGUGUUCGCGACCCGCCACGACAGCGUCGGCAUCCUCACCGAGCUCCCGGAGUUCUUCCGCCGCUCCUUUUUCCGGGGCACCCUGCGCUUCACCGUCCUGCGGCUGCUGCUCAGCGUGUACCUCUUCGCGCACCUGCUCGGGUGCCUGCUCCACGCCGCGGUGAAGCAGCCGGGCAUGACGGCCUCGGGCACGGAGGAGGCGAGCGGCGCCUACGUCGAGGCACUGAAGCUCUCGAUGAGCAUGAUGUUCUCAGGGAACCUCUACGAGGCCUGGGAGCAAGGCGGCGAGAGCGACGGCGGAAACCGGGCCGUCCUCUUCUACGUCAUGUUGAUGCCUCUGGUGGCCGUCUUCAUCACGAUGGUCUCCGCCGAGGUGAUCCUGCUGGCGCAGCGCGCGUGCGUGCUGGAGAGCCAGCAGUUCGAGCGCCUGGCCAUGGUCGACGAGGC